AUGCCACCCGAGCACUCCUCAGGUCGAACCUACAUCCUCCAUCCCAACGGCCAAAAGUCCCACUACAUCCUCAACGACUUUACCGACCCCUGGAAGCCCCACGAAACAGUAUUAAUCCAGCACGGAUUUGGCCGCCACUCCGCAUUUUGGUACCACUGGAUCCCAGCGCUAUCCCGCCACUACCGUGUUGUAAGACGAGAUCUGCGGGGACACGGGUACUCUAGUUAUCCUGGCCAGAAGCAAACAGCAGAAGGAGAUGGAGACUACGAAUACAAUGUCGACACGAUUAUUGGGGAGAUAAUAGAUACGCUCGAUCAACUUGGAUUGCAAAAAGUGCAUUUUCUGGGAGAAUCAACGUCAGGGAUGCUGGGUGAGAUACUCGCAGCAAGGCAUCCAGAGCGGCUGCUCAGUCUGACUGUAUGCUCAUCGCCCACGUAUCUGCCCCCGGCGGCGCUGCAGAUGUUUGCUUUCGGUCACAAGGAUUGGCCUACGGCGUGUCGGCAGCUGGGGACACGUGGGUGGACGGAAGCACUGGCGCAAGUACCAGGCACGAUUCCCAUUUCAGACAGUGUAUAUUUACCUUGGUAUCUGGGACAAGUGGAAGUUAGUGAUGGUGAAGGGCUGGCACAGUAUGCGGAGUUCUUGUCUAAGCUGGACGCGAGGCCGUGGCUUGAUAAGAUUAAGGUACCGACACUGAUACUCAGUCCGACACAGAGUGCGGCUGUUAAGGCCCAGGAUAUGGAGGCUCUCAGAGAUACAAUUCCGGGAAGUCAGUUGGUGCCGAUAUUCAAACCUGGGCAUGAGAUUUAUGUGACAGCGGCCGAAGAGUGCCAGCAAGCGUUUCUAGCGUUCUUGGAGGGGUUGAAGAAGAGAGACGACACUACGCAGCCAAUUUAA